AUGAAUGAGUUUUUGACCAAGAACAACUGGCCCCGGUAUACGGCUGGGAACUGGCUGGAAGAGCUGUCAGGGACCAGUGGCGAGCAAGCGAUGGAAUCUCCAUCUACGGACGACCAUGGAUCUGAAAAACAAUUAAAAACUGAGAUUGAAAUGACUACUGGCAUGGAUAUAGAUUUACCUGAGCCAGAAACCUAUCAGAUCUCAUACGUUGAGUCGUUCAGCCAGACAAGAAGUGAACCUCAGGAUCCGACGCAGGCAGCCCGGAAACGUCGUUUAGGCGAUGACUAUGAUACUGAUGAAAGUUCCAGACAAGGGUAUAAGCGGGUGAGAGUCUCACAGGAGUCACAUAAGCGAGGGAUAAAGAGUGGAUUCUCAGCUGUCAGUUAG